AUGCUAUCAGAAGUUCGGCAGGAGCCCGAUCUAACUAGCGAAGCUGAUCUACGAGCAGCUGAAGUUGUGCGACCUGAAGAUGUGUUAAGGCUCAACUCGAUCACCCAAGACUAUCUCUGCAAGCCGUCGGCUAACAUUUACGAUAUAGAAUUCACUAGAUUCAAGAUUCGAGAUCUGGAUACGGAUCAAGUCCUGUUCGAGAUAGAAAAACCAUCUGAUGACGCCUCAGAGCGUGAGGAUCAGCCAGCUGAGGCGGCUCGCUAUGUACGCUAUAGGUUUUCCGAAGAUUUCCUGCAUUUGAAGAGGGUUGGUGCGACUGUUGAAUUUGUGGUAGGUAGUAAGCCCAUCAACAAGUUUCGGAUGGUAGAAAGACAUUUUUUCAAGGACCGCUUGCUGAAGAGUUUUGACUUCGAAUUCGGAUUUUGCAUUCCCAAUUCGAAGAACACCUGUGAACACAUAUACGAGUUUCCUCACCUGAGCCCUGAACUAGUGAGAGAAAUGGUGGAAAGCCCGUACGAAACUCGCUCGGAUAGCUUUUAUUUUGUGGAUGACCGGCUUAUUAUGCACAACAAAGCUGAUUAUUCAUACGACGGUUAG